GAAAAUGAAUAUAAAUAUGUAUCGUCGUGAGGUGCUGGUUCACGAUAAAAAUUUAAUAAAAAACUUCUGGGAACAAAAAAUUGACAGUCAGUACCAACUGACUGAGAGUGAAGAUGUAAGAAUGAAGAAGAGUGCCUUAAAAAAGCUACGGAACGGGUGGCUGGAACAACUGGAAAGCAGAACAAAGCAUCUUCAGAAAUUUAAUGAGGCUCGUCACAAACAGAUGCAAGCAUCCCUGCUGGCAACUGAGCCAACGCUCUGUAAAGCAGAAUCAGUUGCCUAAAGUAAUUGGUAGUUUGAUGUUUUGAAUUCCAAUCAGAACUACUAUCCUAUUCCAUGAUGCUCUGUGUUACCCUCAGUUAAACUAUAUCGCUUUCUUCUCUGUGCACAUUAUUUUAUAAAUGCAUCAUUCUUUUCUUAGAGGAUAGAUUAUUAAUGUGUACAUUCAGAAGUUUUGUCUACAUCAGUCCAUGUUACCAUCAACUAACUUGUAACAUAUAUACGCAAACUGUAAAGAAUGAGUUACCUUUUGAUUUUUAAAUUGCAAAACCCAUGCCAGCAAAGUGCUGGCCGGGAGCUCUUGUGAUGAAUGUGUCUGUAAUGUAUUUGUGCAAUCUGAUUACCCCUCAUGAUUCCAUUACAGGCACUGCUGGUGGUACAAAUGAUGUAGCCCAUGUGGCUUAUAUUGCUGUAUACUGUAAUGUAUCUAAAAAGAAACAUAUUAUUUAUAAUCAUUGAUAAAGAUCAUUACUAAUAUACUGAAUGUUUGAAUUACUUCAUAGUGCUGUAAAAAAUGACACUUUAUCACACUUUAAGUAAAUACACCUGAUUAAAAUUGUAGUUUUACUGUUAAACUAGUUGUUAUAAUAUAUGCCCCUCACUGGGGUAGAUAACUUAAAUGAAAUAAUACUUAUCAACACAGCUUAAAACAGGAAAGUGGAAAAUUAAGGCUGUUAAGAGGAUGAGUUAAGAGUUGUUAGAAGCUAUAGUAGGUUUAUGAACUGAAAUUCUGUCAAAAGUUAAUUUUCAGAUUUUCAAGGGCUGGUUUGGUAAGGUUUUGAGGCUUUGGUCUGUAAAAGUAUGAAGCUGAACUCAACUGGCUUGAGGUGUUGUAGGAGGAUUGGGUUCGCUAGUGAAUAUGUUAAGAAUGAAAUUGGGAAUGGACCAUAUUGUGUUUCCAGCUGUACAUUCAUUUGUAGCAGACUAACUGUUUUUAUCACUGCUGUUACUUUGGUUCUUUUAAUGGACUGUUUCAUGCAUUUAUUUGAUUGACUUGAUUGACAAACAUUAAUAGAUUUGGAGUGACAGUAACAGUGAGGUUGUCACAAAGAUUCAAAAUACUAUAUUUGAUAGACAUGAGCAUCCAAGCACCUUGUGUGAGGAUGUGCAUUUCAUCCUUGACAGUGAGCUGGUUGGGUCUCAUCUAUAAUUAUAAAUAUAAUAUAUUCUUUAUUGCAUUACAGUUUUUCUUCUGUAAUGUGUAAGUUAGCUAUCUGUUGUAAUAAGGGAACUGCUAAUGUGGGAUUAACAACUGUAUUACUUCAAUUUGGCGCCGCCCUCGUAUUAAAGACGCCCUCGUUUUGAC